AUGGUUACCCCGAAAGAAACACGUGCAGUCAUCAUUGCACUGCACAAAAACGGCCUAACAGGAGAGAAAAUCGCAGCUAGAAAGAUUGCACCUCAGUCAACAAUCUAUCGCAUCAUCAAGAACUUCAAGGAGAGAGGUUCCAUUGUUGCGAGAAAGGUUCCAGAGCGCCCAAGAAAGACCAGCAAGCGCCAGGACCGUCUCUUAAAAGUGUUUCAGCUGCGGGAUCGGGCUACCAGCAGUGCAGAGCUUGCUCAGGAAUGGCAGCAGGCAGGUGUGAGUGCAUCUGCACGCACUGUGAGGCGGAGACUCUUGGAGCAAGGCCUGGUCUCAAGGAGGGCAGCAAAGAAGCCACUUCUCUCCAGGAAAAACAUCAGGGACAGACUGAUAUUCUGCAAAAGCUUGUUCGGAGAAGACAAGGCCUGGAGAUUUACCCUUUGCCAUUUGUUGUAUUGCUACGUCCUUGCUGCAGCGAGGUGUACUUGGGUGUACUUGCCCUCACCUGGUAGACAUCAUGUUUUCCUUCCGGUUCACACCUCGCUGUUUGCUGGCGCUGCACGCCAGCCGCGUACUAAUGCGCUCUUGAAUGAUGCGCUUAACGACGCACUAAUCGCUGAUCGAUCCUUCUUGUGUCGCCAUGUACCUGGGGAUCAGAAAGGGGAAAUUAAAGACGGUAAGCCCCGCUCCCUCAGAUUCACUUGGAAUAUGAGAACCACCAGCUCCAUGGAGCCCUGCGACAUCAUGAGGGAGAUCCGCAAGGUGCUCGACGCCAACAACUGCGACUACGAACAGCAAGAGAGUUUCCUGCUCCUCUGCGUCCAUGGCGACGGGCGGGCCGAGAACCUGGUCCGGUGGGAGAUGGAGGUCUGCGAGCUCCCCCGUCUCUCCCUGAACGGCGUCCGCUUCAAAAGGAUAUCCGGGUCGUCCAUCGCUUUCAAGAACAUUGCUUCCAAAAUAGCCAACGACUUAAAACUAUGAACAAAAGGACUUAAAA